CCAUGGAGAUCUGUUGGUGGGCGUGUCUCAAUGUCUCUCAGACAGAAAGAGGAAGCGUUGCUGCUGCUGGUGAUAGUGAUGAUGAUGAUGAAGCGUCUGUCUGCCUCUCUCUCCUCCUGACGCGCGCGUCUUCAUCUCUAUCUGUCUGUCAGUCGUCUUCAUGAUGGCGAGACUGAGUGAACACGGCAUUCGCCUGAGCUCUAUGAGCCCGUCGUAUCUGGAGAGCAACUCUACAAGUCACACGUGGCCAUUCAGCGCUGUCGCCGAGCUCAUAGAUAAUGCAUCUGACCCCGGAGUCACGGCCAAGAACAUCUGGAUUGAUGUUCUGACCGUCCGAGAUCAGCUGUGUCUCAGUUUUAUGGACAAUGGUAGUGGCAUGACGCCUAGCAGACUCCACAAAAUGCUCAGCUUUGGAUUCACAGAAAAGGGUUCGGCUAAAGGCUAUCACAAGCCCAUCGGGGUUUACGGGAACGGGUUUAAGUCAGGCUCGAUGCGGUUGGGUCGUGAUGCUUUGAUUUUCACAAAGAACGGUGGCUGUCAGAGCGUGGGUCUCCUUUCUCAAAGCUUCCUGCAGGCCAUCAACGCUCAAGCUGUGAUCGUACCCAUCGCACCCUUCAACCAACAGACCAAGACGCUGGUGGUAACAGAAGAUUCAGAAGCCAGUCUUAAAGCCAUCCUGAAAUAUUCUCUCUUUAAGACUGUAUCCGAGCUAGAGGAACAGCUGGACUCCAUACAGGGCAAAAAAGGCACCAAAAUUAUCAUCUGGAACAUCCGCAGAAAUAAAGACGAAAAGCCCGAGUUCGACUUUGACACGGAUGCAGAGGAUAUCCGCCUGCCGGAAAUCCAACCGGAGACGACGCAGGAGAAAUGGCGGAGAGAUUAUUACAGACAUCGCAGAGAGAAUCACAGCACACCUGAGAUCGAGUUUUCUCUCCGAGCGUAUCUCAGUAUUCUUUACCUGAAGCCCAGGAUUCAGAUCAUUUUGCGACAGAAGAAAGUUCAAACUAAGCUGGUUGCCAAGAGUCUGUCCAUGAUUGAGAACGACGUCUAUAAACCUCAGUUCAUUAACGAAAGAGUGAAGAUCACUUUUGGAUUCAACAGGAAAAAUAAGGAGCACUAUGGCAUUAUGAUGUACCAUAAAAACAGACUUAUAAAAGCUUAUGAGAAAGUUGGCUGCCAAAUCAAGUCAUCAGGUCAAAGGUCAGGGGUCGGGGUCAUUGGAGUGAUCGAGUGUAACUUCCUCAAGCCGGCUCAUAACAAGCAGGAUUUUGAGUACACUAAAGAGUACAGACUUACUCUGGCAGCUCUUGGUCUCAAACUGAACGACUACUGGCGAGAAAAGAAGGAAAAGAAAGCAAAAGAAAGAGAGUUUCAGGCCUUGGAGAAAACAAGCAAAGACGAUGAAUCAGAGGAAACCGAGGAAGAGGAGGAAGAAGAGGAGGAAGAUGAAGUUGGUGUGUCAUGGAUUCAGUGUGAGGAAUGUUUGAAAUGGAGAGGAAUUUCCACUCAUCUGUUCGCAGGAAACAUUCCUGAUCCGUUCAGGUGCAACAUGCAUCCAGUGGCACGCUUGCGGAGUUGUUUGUUGCCAGAAGACACAGAGGAGAACGUCACAACACCCACCUAUAAAAAAACUCUCAAGAAACAGGAACAAGCAUCUGUGAGGAGAAGAGGAAGAUCUCUGGAGUUGAUUAAAAGCUCGGGGAGACAUCUUUGUCGAGUACUAUCUGAACCUACAUCAGUGACCAAACAGGAUGAGGUCAUGGUUUCCAUGGAGAUAGAGGAUGAUGGAGUCACAGCCACAGAAGAGGAAGAGUCAUCACCAUCACCAAGAAAAAGAAGGAAAGAAACAUGUUCACAUGUCGAAGAGAGGAAAAUGUCCACAAACCGAGUGAAAAUCCCAGACUUGCUGACUAAGAGAUGCACAAAAACAACAGAUCCAAUUCACGAAGAAGCAUCAGAAUCAACAGAUUCAAUUCACGAAGAAGCAUCAACAGAUCCAAUUCACGAAGAAGCAUCAGAAUCAACAGAUCCAAUUCACGAAGAAGCAUCAGAAUCAACAGAUCCUACUCACGAAGAAGCAUCAGAAAAAACUGAUCCGAUUUACGAAGAAGCAUCAGAAAAAACUGAUCCGAUUCACGAAGAAGCAUCAAAAUCAACAGAUCCAACUCACGAAGAAGCAUCAGAAUCAACAGAUCCGAUUCACGAAGAAGCAUCAGAAUCAACGGAUUCAAUUCACGAAGCAGCAUCAAAAUCAACAGAUCCGAUUCACGAAGCAGCAUCAAAAUCAACAGAUCCGAUUCAUGAAGCAGCAUCAGAAUCAACGGAUCAGAUUCACAAAGAAGCAUCAAAAUCAACAGAUCAGAUUCACAAAGAAGCUUCAAAAUCAACAGAUCAGAUUCACAAAGAAGCUUCAAAAUCAACAGAUCAGAUUCACAAAGCAGCAUCAAAAUCAACAGAUCAGAUUCACAAAGAAGCAUCAGAAUCCACAAAUCAGAUUCACAAAGAAGCAUCAGAAUCAACAGAUCGGAUUCAUAAAGAAGCAUCAGAAUCAACAGAUCGGAUUCAUAAAGAAGCAUCAGAAUCAACAGAUCGGAUUCAUAAAGAAGCAUCAGAAUCAACAGAUCGGAUUCACAAAGAAGCAUCAAAAUCAACAGAUCAGACUCACAAAGAAGCAUCAGAAUCCACAAAUCAGAUUCACAAAGAAGCAUCAGAAUCCACAAAUCAGAUUCACAAAGAAGCAUCAGAAUCAACAGAUCAGAUUCAUAAAGAAGCAUCAGAAUCAACAGAUCCGAUUCACAAAGAAGCAUCAAAAUCAACAGAUCCGAUUCACAAAGCAUUAAAAUCAACAGAUCAGAUUCACAAAGAAGCAUCAGAAUCAACAGAUCAAAUUAAUGAAGCAUCAGAAACAAAUAUCCCAGCAGCAUCUGGCAUGACUACGGCGGAACACGAGACUCCUAUAGAGCCCCAGACAUGUCACGGACCCCCAUAUCCCAGAAUCCCCCCUCAGCCUCUCUCUCAACACUCCUCUGUGUCUGUGGCGCAGACGGUUGUGGUCACGCCUCUGAGCCGCUCGGGAUUUCAGCCCAUUUCUCCCUUACCGACGGACAACUCAGACCGUGCAGCCCUUACUCAGAGACUCGCACAGCUCGAGCGGGAGGCCAAGCGGCUUAAACGAAUUCUGGGCAUCCACGAGACGCCAAUGGAUUUUGCCAUGGUAACAGAAGGGAGUGGGUCAUCUGACAUCGCAACGGCUGAGGAGCGACCUGCGUGUGCAGAUUCAGGGUCAUGUGACCAGAAUGAUGAAAGACAGACAAACCAGAGGUUGGAUAAACAGGCAAACAGUCGUCCAUCCCAGCAAGUGCCAGAAAUAAUCUCUAAAGAUGAUCUUUACUGGAGUAAAACAUGUGCUAAACUCCAGAGUGAGAAUCAGACAUUAUUAACUGAUCUGAAUCAGAUGAGAACAGAAAGAGAUGAACUGAUGAACCAACUGAGACAAAUGGAGACGAAUGAGAGGAGAGACCAAAGUACAAACACACCAAGUCAGACAUACAACAGCACCGUCACAAUGGAGAGAUUGCGGUCCAUUCGUCGUAAUGUGGUCGCAUUACUGUCCUCAAUCCUGCCAAACCUGGACAUGCAGGGAAUAAGCUUUGACACAGUUGAUGUAGACAGCAUCUUACAGCAGAUCAUUCAGGCCAAUAACCUCUGAUCCUGGAACAGUGAUUACAGAAGAAGAGCUGGCAGAAAACAUCCAGCAAUGGCUUUCUUAAAUGCCAAUAUUAAAACACAGAUGAACUGAACAGAUGAAUGCACAUCUGAUAUUAAAAACACAGCAUUAAAGUUUAGAUAUUAAACUACUCAUUUCAUU